ACUACACAACACACUAUCGGAAAAUCAGAAAUAAACCUGGAUAUAAAAAAACAUGUAGACAUAAAGAUAAUCUUUUAUUCAUUACAAAAGAAAGGAGUCUAUGCUACACAGUCGCACGACACAAGCUUUCGCCGUACCUGGACAAACAUGAAUACGAACAGCGUGCAUGCACGAACUCGUGCUCGUCGUGAACAACAACUAGAAGAGGAGGAAGAGCAAAAAACGACCCAGUUGGCUCAAAGCACUAGUAUGCCUCGAAACAACCAGGAUAUUAUUCUCAAGAUUGUACGCAUUCGACAUAAAGAGGGGAUGAGUCGCUUUGGGGUUGAUCCAAAUGACGAUAUUAUGGCGUUGGCAGAAAAAGUGAGAAUCUUUGCUUUAAGUCAUGAAUCUAUAACCGCAAAAUGGUGUACAAGCGAAAUAGCUUUCCGGACCGAGCAUCGCUCAGUUGGGAAUAAAUUUCCGCUGGGACCAUUUGAGCCAACAACGAAUACCAGUUCAUCAUUAGCAUUGAAUGUAAAGCAAGAAGCUGUGGAUGAUUAUUUAGAGAAACAGUCUGGUGGCUUUAUUAAACGAGGAUGUGAUCCGAAAUUGUACGCGUGA